CUAGUCUCAAAUCCCCGUUCCCCGUCUUCAUCCAUCAUACUGCACGUCGAAUAUAAUGAAUUAAAAUGUCGUGAUUUACGUGUUAGUGAACUAAAAAAUCGUAAUAAUUGUGUGUGAAACAUUAAUUACGAAGAUUUGUAGACAAGUUUACAAGUGGAUUUAAAGGACAGCUUUGCCUCUGAGUACAACAAUUUAGCAGAAUGUCGACAAAAACUUCACGUAAAGUAGCAACUCGAGCCAAAGUAGAACCGGUUAUUACAAGAACGAAAUCAGCGCAACAAAGACGCCAACAAAAAAACAAAGAAAAGAAAACCGAAAAACCGGAAAGUAAUAAAGAUAAAGAUGAAAUAAAAUCGACUAAAGUGAAAACCGAUAAAAGUCCGAAAGAGGCUCUAAGUGAACCUAUCAAAAUUCCGGAUGAUGUUAUUGAGCAAGUGGAGUACUAUCCUGAUAAGUUGAAAAGGGAUGUUGCUGCCAAGAAAAUUAGGUUAAAACCGAAACACAACUUUACAGUUAUUGCCAGCACAAAUAAAAGAAAAAUGGCCACGCCACAGAAAGGUUUAAAAUCGCCUCCACCACUUCCAACCCCAUCACCUACCCAGCAGAAGUUUCUGAAUAAGAAAUUACCACAGUCCAGUAGUCCGCAACCGUCGGUCCAGGAAAUGGUCCGCAUGAUGGAAGAGUCCAGAAGUCUAAGUGAUGAGGACUUCAUGGAGAUCCUGACGUGUCCCAGCCCGGUGUGGUGGGAAGAUCCUCCUGAUGGUGACUAUAGUGAAGAUGCUAUAAUCAUGGUGUCACCAGAACCACCAGCAGAGAAGACAAGCAAAAGUAAAAAACGUAAAAUAUUCAUCAACCCUACAACUGACACGGCCAAUAAAAUCGAACAAUUUAAAACAGCAAAUAAGAAAAAAGAUGAAAAAUUCGCAAAGAAAAAGUUAAAACUCGAGAAUGUACUUGGCAAUAUAAAGAACAAGAAUUUAAAACAAAAUGGCGAUUUGGCGAAACAAGGAACCGUUGACGAGGCUGUUAUGAAAUUUUCAGAAAGCGAAGGAGAAAUCUCAGAUUUAAGUUUCAAUGAAGAAGAAAUACUUAAAAAUCUCGAAAAUAUGGAUAUACCCAUCGAAACAAUAGUUAAAACUGAACCAAAAACCGAAAGUGUAGUGAAACAAGAAUUUUUUCUAGACUGUGAUAGUGAAAUCGUACAAAAAACGGAUAAAAUUGGUGAUACAACAUCUCCAGUUGAUAUUAAACCGAUAAUUAAAGAAGAAUAUGCAAUGAAUAGUGACAUUACUAUUGACAAGAAGAUAGCAGUUUUAAAUUCUCAAUGUAAUAUUAGUGUAGGAGAUAUUAACACAAAUUCUGAUGAAAUUUCUAAUUUAAAUAGUGUACAUGUUAAAUGUAAUACAGACUUUACUCUUACCAAUAGUAAUAAGUCAAAAACUGCGGGUUUAAUUAUCAAAAAAACAAAUACAAAUAAAGUAAUUACCGUACGUAAAAUAAGGCCCGAACAAUUUAUUAACGACUCUGUCCUAGGCAAUGAACUAAAAUCAGCGGAAAAUUCAAAAAACAUAGUCGUAGAUAGUGUUCGCGGUAAAUUAGAUGAUUUUUUUAAACAAUGCAAAAGUAGUAAGCGUUUAAAAAAAGGUGAUAGCCCGAUUCCCGCCAUUUCGAUGACAGAUGUCAAAGAGGAGAUUACAGAUAAUGAAGCAAAUGAAAUCGGUACUACAACUGAAGUGGUGGGCGAAGAAAAUCGACUAAAAAGUUGCGACUGUGAUAGUUUAAAAACCGAAAACGGAACGGGCACGGGCAGCUCUUGUGAAAAAUGUGAAAAGGCGGUAAUUUUACCUUGUGAUUCUUGUAAUUUUCUUGCUGAUAAUAAUGAAAUUUAUAAAAAACAUAUUUCGUCUUGCAAAGAUGUAGCUCGAAUACCUUGGAGUCAUAAUUAUGUGUUAAAUCAGACUUAAAUAUAGUUUUUUUCUUUGAACUUACCUAAUGAUUUUUCUUCAUCCUUAU